GUCAGACGAGGGCGAAGACGAAGGCAGUCCACUCGAAGAAGGUGAAUCAUCUGCUCAAGGAAAAGGCAAAGCAUCCUCAAGCAAGACAGCAGCAGCUGCAUCAGGCACAUCUUUACGGCGAGGCAUGGCGUGUACUUUUUGUCGGCGGCGAAAGCUGCGCUGUUCAGGCGAAAAGCCGAUAUGCAGCAUGUGUAUCAAGUACAAACAACAGUGCGAAUACAUCCCUCCCCCGAAAAAGCCUGGCAAGCGCAAAAGUCAGCGAGCACGCCCAGAUCCACGAGCUCCUGCACAAUCUCAAAAGCCUACUCCGACUCAUUCCCCCGACAACGAUCAGGUCACACAUCCAUCGUCGAACACAAUCCCACCUUCUCAACCCUCUCACGUCUACCAUCCUCCCUCUGGGAACGUCGACUUCAGCAACGGCGUACCGUACAUCAAUCCCUUGAGCAUGACAGCUCCCAUGCCGACCUCGUUCGUGGAGAACACCACUCAAUCAGAUACGAGCGCCUUUUUUGAUGCCGACGUUUCGGGGCAAUACAGCUUCUCCAAUAAUGUUGGCGGAGCCUUUCCUGCGAACGGCAUGUACGAUUCGAACUCGAACGGAUAUCAUCAGACCCAGCUCUCCGACCUGACGAGUUGGAAUGGGUACAAUCUUGACAUGCAGGACAACAUGAGCUGGCCAAACGCAAGUUUCCCAUCCAUGCAAUCCUCCGUCGAUCUCCAGACACCUGUCAUCGCCUCCCAAUCAACACCUCAACAGCAAUACAUGCCAAACUUCCAAACACCAUUAGGCAUAUCUCCACAUGUCCAGCUCCAGCGCAACAUCGAUCUCAAUACCACUCCUUUCGCCCCUAGUCCAUUCCUUAAUAGCUCCAACAGCCUCCAAACCGUUAUCGAUACUCCGACCGCGCCUGAACCAAGCUUCCGUUUCCCUGCCCAUGUUUCUGGCGAUUCGACGUUCUCCACACCAAGCGACGAUAAUCAACCACUUGCAUUACCAUCUCUCCCACCAUCAACGCACAACAGUGCAGAGAGCCCGUCCAUACCUGACUUGUCCGGCCUCGCUGCUGCGGAAGUCACCCAUGUUACCAAUACAUCCCGAAUAGAUCCUAUAGAAGGCAUUACAGAGAGACUGGGUGAAUUCUUGUUCAACCCAAAGGAGAGGCAAGACGUCGGGUCAAACGAUUAUAAACGACGUAGGCCAAAGAACGGCCAAGCAUUUGAUCCGGACAGGAGAGACUCGCUCGUCAGACUGCAUGGUGUCGACGAGCACGACGGCCUCACAGAUGAAGUCCGAGAAAUCCUACUCGAUUGUUUCCUCGCUCACUCCAAAUUAUUCUUUCACAUGUCGAUCCCACGUUUCAGGUAUCGUCUACAGUUCACGGACCGGCGGAGGCCAAGCCUUGCCCUGCUCAACGCCAUGUAUCUCUGGGCAACGAGGAUGUCCAGCAGUCCAAACAUGGGAGAGAUGGAGCAGACGUUUUUCGAUAAUGCCUGUCGAGCUUUGGAUCUGAACAGUGCCAAUGGUGAUCGAUUAAUCGACUGUCUCCGCGCCGCCAUGCUCCUCAGUGCUUGGUCAUUCGUCUCAGGCAGAUUCCACGAGGGCUGGAUCAUAUCCGGAAUGGCCGUCAGAUUGGUCCUCUCCACUGGUCUUCAUCAGAUCAAAAGCUGCGUCUUCGCUCCCGAAGUCAAACCAAAUCCAUUCUUGCGCAGCAAGGUCCACCUUCUGCCUCCGCUCGAAGAUUCGAUAGAACUGGCGGAGCGAAUUCAUACUUUCUGGGCCGUGUUUGUGGUGGAUCGAUGUGGCGCUGCUGCUACUGGUUUCCCUGCAGGUAUCAACGUAGAGGAUAUCACCACUCCAUUCCCACGACCACUGGAAGAUAUCGUAGCAGGCUCGGUGACUCGCCAGGACGAUAUCACCGUCAAGGACAUCUAUCGACCUGCUUAUUUCCAACCCCUGGAUGAUAUGUGGUACGCCAAGUUUUGCCGAGCCAUUACCGUUUUGGAAAGAGCUUCAAAGCUUGCGCUUUUAGAGGCAGAUGAUGAAUCGGAACACACUCGUCAAUGGUCGAUCUAUCAACUCAAUCCUUCGUUGCCUAGACCUCCAGCUUGGCUGGAGCAGCCGAAGUACAGGUGUUUAGCAGAUUAUCGCGAGACGAAGCUGGGUUUGGAACAGAUGACCUCGGCGAUGGGUGCGGACGGAGUGUUUCCACUGGAUCGAAUCAGAAACGCAGAGCUUGAUGGGGCUGAACUCCCAUACAUCAGUCCUAAGAACAUUAUGCUUCAUCAUCAAUACCAAGCUACUCAUAUGCUCUUACAUGAUAUCAACUCGUUGGAGUGUGAGAAUCAAGAGGCACUGGCAUCUGCGAGACGUUCUGCAGCGUUGGUCAGGCAAGGUCCAGCUUUGCCUUCGCUCGAGGUCGACUCUUUCACUAUCACCGUGUGGAGCAUUGUCGCCAAAGUGUUGGUCAAGGAGAUUCGGCGGCUAUUCCUCCUGGGCGACAGGGCCAGCGCACUCGUGAUUGAGAAUGACGUCAAUGUCUUUAUCCAAGAAAUGAACAAUGUCGGCCUUUUCAUGCAGCUUGCCCGCACUCAGGCCAAAGCAGUAGAGGAAAUGCGAGAUUCAGCCAAGAGAUCUAUUACUGAGGAAGAUUUCUCCCCCCUUUACAAACCUAGAGAUAUAAAAGGUCUGCAUCAGACACCGAGGACGUCAAGGACUGGCUCAGAUGACAAGGCGAGAGGUGAUAAUGAACCGACGAGGAUGGGAUUUUAAAGGGUAAUGUCAGCAGACAAGAGGAAGAGUAAUCUGUAUCAUUAACUGUACUCAUUGGCAAGACGAGCCUGCAUGUCGUCCUCUUGUGCAUUAUGAUGUAUUCUUUGUACUGUACAAUGGAUUUCAAGUGAUACUUUUACA